CUUCUCCGGAGAGCAAUGCAGUCGAAGGCGAAAAUGUACGUGAAAGACAAAGUGCUGGACGCAGAUCAAUGGCGCGUGGAAGCUCAAGCAAUUAUCGACGACGUACGUCAGCACGUACGAGGGCUGCAAAUCAGCAAUGAGCCAGCACUACGUAGCAGUAACCGGGCAAUACACUUGAACUUGACGACUCUCGAAGGUUUGGAAUUUUGUGUGAGAUUGUCGCCUAAAGGUUUCAGCAUAAUUGGCAAUAAACACGACUGCAUGACCAAUGCCGAUGCUGAUAAUCUCCAGUAUUUUGAAUCCAUUUAUGGUCUUCUGGAUUCAAUCAGUCCGCAAUACAGGAAUUCCUUUGGAAACAGCCUGCUGGACAGGCUCCAGCAGUUGAGUAAUAGCCAGACGUGAUGAUGGCAGAGUUUUUUUUUAUGGAUAUUUGUUGAUGAAAUUGUGCGUGUGUGAAAGCUGUGAUUGAUUGUCGGUGAUCUGUUUUAUGUUUAAGACACCACACGUAUAAGAUUGGAGGUACAACCGUAUUUAUUACGACGAAUUUUGUAAUAUAUAUUAUUGUAAUAAAAUAAGAAAUUGAGUA